AUGGUGAUUUUACUUGCAAGAACAGAAGAUGGUCAGCAAUAUUAUUUAGAGGUGGAGCUCAAUUGCCGACUGAAGAAGCUGCGGGAAAAGCUCGAGGAAGUAACGCACAUUCCACGUGGUCAUCAGAAAGUGAUAUUUAGCCAUCCGUCGAGUUUCCACGACUCUGAUGUGGACAAAGCAAAGGGCAAGGGAUGCUUCAAGUGGUGGCUCUCCCGACAUUUCAUUCCCAGAGCGCCCGAGAAAAAGAAAAUUCUGAAGCAAAAAGUAAUGCUGACCAUUUCUCAUGUAAAGUAA